GGACGCCGGGCUGCUGAAGCCGAGGUCGCGGGUGCUGGCUGGCCGGGCGGCGGGUGAGCGGUGGUCAGGCGAAAGACUGGGAGACCUCUGAAAGAGUAGCGAGAUUUCCGAGGCCAGAGACGGGCCGGGGAGACUUGGAGCUCACGCCGUGCAGGAAUUGCCCAGCGCUUGCGGGGCACGCGCGCUGGCUUCGCCCCAUGGCCGGGAUUCGCGGCCGCGAUCCCUGGGGGGCCUCUGGGCUUUGCUACCUUCUUGGCUGCCUGCUUGCGGGACUGUUCUGCCCGGGGACUGUUGCCUUCAAUCUGGACGUGAUGGGCGCCCUGCGCAAGGAGGGUGAACCGGGCAGUCUCUUCGGCUUCUCUGUGGCCCUGCACCGGCAGUUGCAGCCCCGACCCCGGAGCUGGCUGCUGGUGGGUGCUCCUCAGGCCCUGGCUUUGCCUGGGCAACGUGCGAAUCGUACUGGAGGUCUCUUUGCCUGCCCCCUGAGCCUGGAGGAGACUGACUGCUACAGAGUGGACAUCGACCAGGGAGUUGAUGUGCAAAAGGAGAGUAAGGAGAACCAGUGGUUGGGAGUCAGUGUUCGGAGCCAGGGGCCUGGGGGCAAGAUUGUUACCUGUGCACAUCGAUAUGAGGCACGGCAGCGGGUGGACCAGAUCCUGGAGACACGUGAUGUGAUCGGCCGCUGCUUUGUGCUCAGCCAGGACCUGGCCAUCCGUGAUGAGCUGGAUGGUGGGGAGUGGAAGUUCUGUGAGGGGCGUCCCCAGGGCCACGAACAAUUUGGGUUCUGCCAGCAGGGCACGGCUGCCGCCUUCUCCCCUGACAGCCAUUACCUCCUCUUUGGGGCCCCGGGAACUUAUAACUGGAAGGGCACGGCCAGGGUGGAGCUCUGUUCGCAGGGCUCAGUGGACCUGGCACAUCUGGACGACGGGCCCUACGAGGCGGGGGGCGAGAAGGAGCAGGACCCCCACCUCAUCCCGGUCCCUGCCAACAGCUACUUUGGUUUCUCCAUCGACUCAGGGAAGGGGCUGGUGCGUGCAGAGGAGCUGAGCUUUGUGGCAGGGGCACCCCGCGCCAACCACAAGGGUGCUGUGGUCAUUCUGCGUAAGGACAGUGCCAGCCGCCUGGUACCUGAAGUCGUAUUGUCUGGGGAGCGCCUGACAUCUGGCUUUGGCUAUUCACUGGCUGUGGCCGAUCUUAAUAAUGAUGGCUUUCCAGACCUGGUAGUGGGAGCCCCCUACUUCUUUGAGCGUCAAGAAGAGCUGGGUGGUGCUGUGUAUGUGUACAUGAACCAGGGGGGUCACUGGGCUGAUGUCUCCCCACUCCGGCUCUGUGGCUCGCCUGACUCCAUGUUUGGGAUCAGCGUGGCUGUCUUGGGGGACCUCAACCAAGAUGGCUUCCCAGAUAUCGCUGUGGGCGCUCCCUUUGAUGGAGAUGGGAAAGUCUUUAUCUACCAUGGGAGCAGCCUGGGAGUUGUCCUUACACCUUCACAGGUGCUGGAGGGCGAGGCUGUGGGCAUCAAGAGCUUCGGCUACUCUCUGUCUGGCGGCCUGGAUGUGGACGAGAACCAUUACCCCGACCUGCUGGUGGGCUCCCUGGCUGACACUGCUGCCCUCUUUAGGGCCAGACCUGUUCUCCAUGUCUCCCAUGAGGUCUUCAUUGUUCCUCGAGCCAUCGACCUAGAACAGCCCAAUUGUCCUGGUGGCCACUCAGUCUGUGUGGACCUAAAGGUAUGUUUCAGCUACAUCGCAUCCCCCAGCAGCUACAGCCCUAUUGUGGCCCUGGAUUACAUGAUAGAUGGAGACACAGACCGGAGGCUCCGGGGCCAGGUCCCCCGGGUGACCUUUCUGAGUCGUGGUCUGGAUGACCACAAACACCAGGCCUCAGGCACUGUGUGGCUGAAGCACCAGCAUGACCGAGUCUGUGGAGAUACCAUGUUCCAGCUACAGGAGAAUGUUAAAGACAAGCUUCGGGCCAUUGUGGUGACUCUAUCCUACAGUCUCCAGACCCCUCGGCUUCGGCGACAGGCUCCUGGCCAAGGGUUGCCUCCAGUGGCCCCCAUCCUCAAUGCUCAUCAGCCUAGUACCCAACGGGCAGAGAUCCACUUCUUGAAGCAAGGCUGUGGUGAAGACAAGAUCUGCCAGAGCAACCUGCAGCUGGUCCAUGCCCGUUUCUGUGCCCGGGUCAGCGACAUGGAGUUCCAGCCUCUGCCCAUGGAUGCAGAUGGAAUGACAGCCCUGUUUGCACUGAGUGGGCAGCCUGUCAUCGGCCUGGAGCUGAAGGUCACCAACCUGCCCUCGGACCCAGCCCAGCCCCAGGCUGAUGGGGAUGAUGCCCAUGAGGCCCAACUCCUCGUCACCCUCCCUCACUCUCUGCAUUACUCAGGAGUCCGGGCCCUGGAUGCUGCUGAGAAGCCACUCUGCGUGUCCAAUGAGAAUGCCUCCCAUGUCGAGUGUGAGCUGGGGAACCCCAUGAAGAGAGGUGCCCAGGUCACCUUCUACCUCAUCCUUAGCACUUCAGGGAUCACCAUUGAGACCACAGAGCUGGAGGUGGAGCUGCUGUUGGCCACGAUCAGUGAGCAGGAGUUUCAUCCAGUCUCUGCUCGGGCCCGGGUCUUCAUUGAGCUUCCGCUGUCCAUUGCUGGGGUGGCCAUCCCCCAGCAGCUCUUCUUCUCCGGUGUGGUGAGAGGAGAGAGUGCCAUGCGAUCUGAGGUGGAUGUGGGCAGCAAGGUCAAGUAUGAGGUCACGGUCUCCAACCAAGGCCAGUCACUCAACACUCUGGGCUCUGCCUUCCUCAAUAUCAUGUGGCCCCAUGAGAUUGCCAACGGGAAGUGGCUGCUGUACCCCAUGCGAGUGGAGCUGGAGGGUGGGCGGGGGCCUGGGCAGAAGGGGCUCUGUUCCCCAAGGCCCAACAUCCUUCACCUGGAUGUGGACAGCAGGGACAGGAGGCGGCGAGAGCUGGAACAGCCAGAGCAGCAGGAGCCACGUGAGCAGCCAGAGCCCAGCAUGUCCUGGUGGCCAGUGUCCUCUGCUGAGAAGAAGAAAAACAUCACCCUAGACUGUGCCAGGGGUACAGCUAAUUGUGUGGUGUUCAGCUGCCCGCUCUACAGCUUUGACCGCGCGGCUGUGCUGCACGUCUGGGGCCGCCUCUGGAACAGCACCUUCCUGGAGGAGUACUCAGCUGUGAAAUCCCUGGAAGUGAUUGUUCGAGCCAACAUCACGGUGAAGUCCUCCAUCAAGAACUUGCUGCUCAGAGAUGCCUCCACAGUGAUUCCAGUGAUGGUAUAUUUGGAUCCGGUGGCUGUGGUGGCAGAAGGAGUCCCCUGGUGGGUCAUCCUCCUGGCUGUACUGGCUGGGCUGUUGGUGCUGGCACUGCUGGUGCUACUUAUGUGGAAGAUGGGAUUCUUCAAGCGGGCGCGGUACCCCAAGGCCACAGUGCCCCAGUACCACGCGGUGAAGAUCCCACGGGAAGACCGGCAGCAGUUUAAGGAGGAGAAGACGGGCACCAUCCUGAGGAACAACUGGGGCAGCCCCCGGCGGGAGGGUCCUGAUGCACACCCCAUCCUGGCUGCAGAUGGGCACCCUGAGCUGGGCCCCGAAGGGCAUCCUGUGCCAGCCACUGCCUAGCUUCCUCUGUCCCAGCCUGGCCUGUGGGUCUCUUCUACUCCUUCCCUAGAGAUGGCUCCUUGGGAUGAGAAGGGUACAGUGGGUUGCUGGUGUCACAUCAGGAUUUGGUAGGAUCUGCUUCCUCAGGCCUGUGGACCUCUCCCCACCCCCACUAGGAUCACCCCCACACUUUCCCUGUGAAAUGCUGUGCUACAAGAGGGGGUAAAUCGGGGAUGGGGCUGUGGGAUGGGGUGAGAAGGCAAGGAUGUUUUGACUUAAAGGUGCAGAGAAGGGAUCAUAACCCUUCUCUUUCCCAUUCACCUGGCAUAACAGAGCCCCAAGAACCUGUCUCCCCUAAAGUGCCUUAGCUUAGAAGGCCAGGGAGGAGGAUGCAUCGCUGACUCAGGGGAUCCUCCCUUCAUAUUUCCCCUCUCCUGUGACCUUAGUUUGCUUCAUCAGUCUAAUGGGUUUUAUCUAUUUAAUAGAAAAAACAUUUG